AUGUUUUCCUCGGCGGUCCAAGAAGGCGGGCCAGCCAAAGGCACACGAAGCAGUCGCCGCAGGCAACGCACGUCCGAGCCCUCGACACAGCAACCGAAAGCAAAGCGACAAAGGGUGCCGCCGCCCGAGACGAGUUUCGUGGAUCCCGACCCGCAGCCGGAAAUGUACGAGGUCAAGCCUGACAAGAUCGACCUUCACACGGCAAAGCGCGAUGGCAUGGAGAACAUCACCACAACGACGCGAAAGGAACUUAGCGUCCGCUCAAAGAAGCCCAAGCCGGGUGAGCGACUCGCCAAGGGAGAUGGGAGCGUUGUUUUGACAACAAACAAUGCGUUCACAGUUAGCAAGCUGCCAGCCCUUCCAGACCGACUACGCGCCGAUGCACAGAACCGGCAGCAUGGCGCGAUUUACUCGUCAACAGGCUAUGGAUUGAGCCUGACGCACACACAUGCCUUCGUCUGGCCCUAUACAUCGACGACAUCUUCCCCCGAGACCUUCACCUUUACCCUCCCAUACCCAUCGAAACACGCCUCCGACCCUCUUCCUGUAGCAUCUCUAGUCACCGCCGCCGCCUCAUCCGAGGAGCCAGGCUUGGUUAUCGUCAUGCCCAUGAGCGGCAAGAUUGCCUACUGGGAGUCUAUCUCGAGCGCAGCCACGCUUGACUUUAUUCGCCAACAACGGACUGGUGUUGAGGAUUCGAUUUCCGGAAUGUACUCGGGCGAGUAUGUCACGCAAAUCGUCAACGCCGGGUCAGCCGGCUUCGUCCUUGUUUUCAGCACCGGGCGAAUGGCGUAUAUGAGCGUGAGGGAUUCCCAUGGGCGGCCCGCAAUCACCGUCCAGUUUCUCCGCGGUGCUCUUGGUGGCAACGCUCUAGGUUUCUUUGGCACCAUUCGCCAUGCCCUGAGCUCCGCUGCCUUCCGUGGCGAGAUUGCGGCUGCGCGGACUAGCCAGGGAUCUAAGGUCGGAGAGCGUGUGGUAGUAGCGGCCACGACCAAGGGGCGCCUCCACUCGUGGUUGAUCCACCGCGGUGGUCACCACGAGCUUCUUGCGGACUUUGAUAUCCGAGACCGCCUAGUGGAAGCAAUCUACAAGGCUGACCCGCUACUCACUACCAACUUCUCGCAAGAGUCGCUUGAGGUGCACGACUUUACUCUUGUACCACGUGGGUUAGAACAGCGCUAUGUGAGCGCUAGCCGCCUCAGUGAAGCGCUGACUCAUGAGGAGGACUCAUUGCAACAUGCGCUGCUCCUCGUAUCACUUUCUAGGGGUCAUCAAGCUCGAUACUCGCUAGUUGAGGUGGUCUUGGGUCCGGAGGGGCCUCGCGUGGGGAAUGUACGGCUGGUGUCCUCGUAUACCAACCCUACCCGCUCGAGCGCUGUUGAGAAGCCCCGGGUCUACCUUCCGCGACCUGGACUAGUUGCGUUCCUAGUUUUUUCCAGGGCUGUGGUGAUCGCGUCGAUGGUUGCGCCACCCGACUCUCCGGAUGCGCAGCUACAGGAAGACACUCAUAUCUUACCACACACCUUCGAAGACGUGGUAGACUUUCAGGACGAAGAGACGCUUCAAGUUGUCGGCUCUGGGGUCGAGGAACCCAACGAGGUGAGGCACACGCAAGACGACCCAAGACCGCACCGCCAUAGGACCAAGAACCCCUCCAUUGUGCUUCUGCUCCAAGGAGUUGGGACUCUCCGGGUUGCUCUAUCCGACAUCGAUCGGUUCGCGAGCGAUGCGCCGCCUCAAGUCACGGCCAAGAGCAAGCUAGAACAGGCUGUGUUUUUCGGUACCAAGGAGAGCACCCCGUUGGUAUUCAAGGGGCGCCGAGCCCUUCCCUUCUCCAACGAAGAGAUUGGCAACGCGGCGAUCGAGCUCAGCAACGAGAUUGUGAGUUCCAAAACUCACUUCGUGGCCAACCUACCGGCCUCACUCGAGAACAACAUGAAGACCAGAGUUGCCUUUCUGGAACACCUGAUUACCUAUCUCAACUCACUCAACAUCGACUUGGACCCACGGACUCGAUGGAUGCUUCUCUAUAAUUCCGAGAAGAUGGCUGUUGCGACUUGGAUUUGGAAACAACACGAGCAGUUUGCUGCCGACCGCCCUAUGGGGGAAAAGCGGACGCUUAUCUCUGAAACCGCAGUCUACAUCAACGAACAGCAAAAAACUGAGCUGAACCCGGCCGUUGGCCAGGUCGAUCCCGUGCGCCACUGGUUUAUCAAUGAUGUGUGGAGGCUGGAUAUUUUUGUCGCCUGGGCCUAUCAGAUCAUCAAGUACCACUACACUGAAAACUUGUCAGACGAAAUCGGCAUCAACCGCCUGGUCUGGGAAGCCGUCACGAUGAACACCGGUGCCUUGUUUGAGGCUCGCCGAUUUCGAGCGGACCACGCGGCGCAUUACGGCAUCAACCCGAGUGAAAUCGCGGGCGGGAAUGCUAUACCCGAACCCUGGACUGCCACCUUCUUUAUUGUCAACAAUCUCAAGCGACUGGUCGAGUUCUGCUAUCAGUGGCUGGAGCAGUGUUCUAAUAAAUCCCCCCAGGACACACCGGUAGAUACCCGCUUGCUCGAGGGAACUCGCCGUCUCUUGCCCUCGUUAACCAGCCAGUACCUUACGUCUCUGAAUGAAUUCUCUUCCUGGGCCUCAUUGAGCGAUGACGCCCAAGCCCAGGAACGUGGCCGAGCCUAUCAGCACGUUUAUCAGGAGGAUGUCUACAACAAGAUUCUAAAACUUAAGGAUCUCGACUUGUGGGACGAGGCUAUUGAACUCGCCAAGGAAUACAAGGCGUUUGACUCGCUCGCCGAGGUCGUGGUGUCGCAGAUUAUUGCGUUGGAGGCUGUAGUUUCGAAUCCGAACACCCCCGAGGCCAAAGCGGUAGAAAGCCAUAACCUUGUGGAGUCCAAGAAGCAAAGUAUGGGUGAGUUAUUCGACGAGUAUGAGGAGGAUUUCGCGUUCCGCGCGUACCAGGUUCUACUCGAAUACAGCGGCGUCCAGUCCGUGUUGGAUUUCAAACACGACAAACAUGGCUACGCGACCAAGUUCCUCCGCACCAAACCGGAGUUGGCCAAAAUCUCAUGGAUCAAUGACGUUGAGCGGGAGAAGGAUAUCGACCACGCGGCCGAGACCCUGCUUGGCCUAGGCCUGACCCGCGAGCAGCAGGUCUGGAGCAAGAAGAUUGAGCUCAGCCUGGGCAAGCUCGCCCUUCUUGCGGACGAAGUGGUCAAUGGCGACGGAGUCAGCACCACGGGCUCGGAGAGCGAAGGGAAGAACGGCGCCAACCUCGAGAAGAUCGACCAUGCCUUGGAGCUCAUCAAGAUCCAAGACUCGCUCUACGACCAAAUUCUACCGGCCAUCCAGGAGGGUGUCGACGAAGCGGCCGAGAUCGAGCUUGCGCUUAAGGAGCAUUCCGUGCUGAUCCCUAAGAGGCAAAAGGCACUUCACCAGCUCUUCAACGACGCUAUGUCGCGCCUGCUUCGCCACGAAGCGCUGCAGCCGCUGACGCUUAUUGACCUCCUCACUCUGAUCGCGCUGCCCGAUAAUCACGGCGACAUCAUUGGCGACCAGUUCUACCUUGCGCUCCAGGUUGCUCAGUACGGCCUGAAGGGUAGCGAGCGGGCCGAUGCCGAGCGGUUGAUUUGGCGGAGGUGUUUCACGCGCGAUGAUUGGAAACGCGUCAAUGAGACGAAUGACAAGGACGACUUGGACCAGCUGGCCACGGUCGGCGAGACGGCCACUUACCACACCCUAUUUGCGGUUGUUGAUGCGCAACACCAAAACCCGCGAUUCCAUCCUUUCCUCAAACCUUCCGACACCGCUGGCGUCUUCACCGAGACGCUAGACCGCCGCUUCGACAACAUGGACGACAGCUUCAGCGCCAAGCUCCUUGACGCCAUGCGCUGGGAGGACAAGCAGCUGCGCACGGCCAUCGACAAGGCCCAGCUCGACGCCUGGUACCGCACAACACGCGAGUGUGCCGAGAAGACGGUCGCCGUUACUUACGCUAGGCUGACGGCCGAGCAGCAAGCCGAGGAUGAGCAGGCGCGGGAGCGCUUGAAGGAUGUUGCACAGCCCAGUGAAGGUGUGGAUGGGUACAGCAUGUAUGGGUUCGGGAAUGCAGAGGCGAAUAGUGCGCAGGUCCAGGAGAACGGGACAGGUUCCCCGGCGAGGGGCACACUGAUCAUUGGAGAAAGGAGGAUGCCGGGCGGUUUGUUUGCGCUUUGA